ACUCUUCGCCGCUCGCUGCCAGUCAGGUUAAAUAUUUCUUACCGGCAACAACUCCCGACAGCGUUCGAUUUUCUCUUUUCGCGUGCUUCAACAAUUUGGAUUGAAUUGGAAGUUUUCUCGUUGCACCGAACUACCCUCCUUGCUCAGCCGCUCCAGAUAAGCCUGUUUUGCGUACAUUGGGGGGAACCUAUCUCCAUCAUUACCGGCCCAGUAUUGCGUUUGAGUGUAUAAGUGCCACCGUGGACGGGUCUGUCUGCUUAUCAAAGAUCGUGUUUGAGGUACAAAAGCCGCGGUAGGAACGAACGAUCGGCUCAGUGGACCAAAGUGUAGUGUUGCAAUUCGAAAGUGUUUGGCAAAAUGUCUCGCAACCCGGCAGAAAAUCAACUGAACCUGUACAAGGAUUGUCAGAAGGAGAAAACAAUUUCCGUUACCAGCAAUGGCGCUCCGGUAGGAACUAAGACCGCUACCGCGACGGUCGGCGAGCGUGGCCCAGUGGUGCUGCAAGAUGUGCAUUUUUUGGAUGAACUGGCUCAUUUUGACCGGGAGCGCAUCCCGGAACGGGUGGUGCAUGCCAAGGGCGCUGGUGCAUUCGGAUACUUCGAGGUGACGCACGACAUAACCAAGUACACUUCGGCCAAGAUUUUCGAGAAAAUCGGUAAAAAGACUCCCCUAGCGGUGCGUUUUUCAACGGUCGGUGGUGAAAGUGGAUCAGCUGACACGGCUCGUGAUCCCCGUGGCUUUGCUGUGAAAUUUUACACGGACGAUGGCGUGUGGGAUUUGGUUGGUAACAAUACACCGAUUUUCUUCAUUCGGGAUCCCAUCCUGUUCCCAAGCUUCAUUCACACUCAGAAACGUAAUCCGGCUACUCAUCUUAAGGAUCCCGAUAUGUUUUGGGACUUCAUCUCUCUACGCCCGGAGACCACUCACCAAGUUAUGUUCCUAUUUAGUGACCGUGGUAUUCCAGAUGGCUUCCGAUUCAUGAACGGAUACGGAUCUCACACAUUCAAAAUGGUCAACGCCGAUGGUAAGCCUGUAUACUGCAAAUUCCACUUCAAGUGCGAUCAGGGUAUCAAGAAUCUGGACGUCAAAAAAGCAGAUGAUCUUGCUGGUGCUGACCCGGACUACAGCAUUCGUGAUUUGUACAAUGCUAUUGCCAAAGGACAAUAUCCUAGCUGGACCCUAAAGAUUCAGAUCAUGACUUUCGAGCAGGCCGAAAAGCAUCCUUUCAACCCGUUCGAUUUGACCAAGGUCUGGCCCCAGGCCGAUUUCCCUCUCAUGCCAGUUGGUCGAAUGGUGCUAGAUCGUAAUCCGAAGAACUAUUUCGCCGAGGUGGAACAGAUUGCCUUUGCUCCAUCGCAUUUGGUUCCCGGAAUCGAGCCAUCCCCUGACAAGAUGCUUCAGGGACGUCUGUUUUCUUAUGCAGACACUCAUCGUCAUCGCCUUGGUGCCAACUACAUUCAGCUGCCCGUAAACUGUCCGUAUCGUGUCAAGACUAACAACUAUCAACGUGAUGGACCAAUGAAUUCUACCGACAAUCAGGGCGGUGCCCCGAAUUAUUACCCCAACUCUUUCGGUGGUCCUGAGCCAUGCCCAUUCGCUCGCAAGCUUCAGAACGGCAACAUGAAGGUAACCGGCGAUGUUAAUCGAUACGAAACUGGAGACAGCGAGGACAACUUCACCCAGCCCGGACUUUUCUAUCGCAACGUGUUGGAUGAAGCCGCCCGUCAGCGCAUGGUUACGAACAUAGUUAACCACUUAGGUAACGCUUCCGCGUUCAUCCAGGAGCGUGCAGUCAAGAAUUUCGCCCAGGUCGAUGGCGACUUCGGCCGACGUUUAACUGAAGGUCUAAAGCUGCGCCGCACUGCUAACCUGUAAAAUGGAGUGUUUCGAUCUAUGGAUCAAGAGUGAAUAUAUAUAUACCCCUAAUCGAUUGCACACAUACAAGCUUAAUUUUUUAAAUAUCUUUACAUUAUAUUUCACACACGAAGGAGAAUUUAAGGUUAAUUCAUUAUAUUACGGGCGUAAAUACGAUUUAUGGUUUUCAAAUCAAAAUGCAUUGUUUAUUCCUCUAGCUGUUAUCAUUCUUUGGAAUAAUAUUUGAUUCCAAUAAAGUUUAACGAUUUCCUACCA